CGGCUGUCUCUGAGAGACUGGCGGACAUGCAAUCGGCGGUGCUGUCUCUCGCCAUUACCGUCACGUUAUCUGUCGCCUUCACGGUGUGCGCCGCCAUCCCCGUGUUGGAGGUUCAGUACCUGACCUUCAUCCUGCUAACGGUCAACCGCGCCUUCCUGUACGGCGGACUCAGUGCGUUCAUCGUCAUUACGUUCCCUCUGGGUCACUUUGGGAAAACCUUGGGGAUGACGCUGGCUCUGGCAGCCGUGGUGUCUCUGCUCCAGUAUCCCUGUUUUAUCCUCGUCAAUGGACCCUUGCAGGGGAACCCUUUGUACUUAAACAUCGCACUCAUCGCACUGGUAACAUUGAGUUAUGUCCAUCCAAUCAAUGUGUAUUUCUACUGCCGACGGGAAACCCGCAGACGGAUACUCGAAGCUACACCAGUUCCUGCCCAACAAUGAUGGAUAUCUGAUCCGGACAGGGCGG